UAAUCGCGUACUCUGCCAGCUUACUUCUCCCCGUUCAUUCCAAGCCUGGUGUCUUCCUCAAUAACUUUUCUUUAUUCAACCACAGAAUACCCAUCAUGGGAGAUUCAUCUUACUGUGUUCCUGCGGUAGGAGAGCUAGAUGCUGAUUCCGAUAUUGUUGGCCGAGGGGUGCUAUCCGCUUUCUUGACAACAACAAUAAUCACCAUCAUUGCUGUGAUACUUGCUUAUCUGACCGGCUCGCUCGACGAUGAUUUGCUUGGCAGUCUUGACCGAGCAGUUAUUGAUUGGGUGAAACGGAAAGGAGCAGCUUGGAUCCCCAGACGUAUCAAUGGCGAGACUCCGACCAUGCCAAAUGCGAGUACUUCGCCUGCACUGCCAGCGUCGUCUCAAGCGUAGAAACAUGCCGUAUUGCAGUUUAUACUCGCUAUGAGUGACCAACAACUUGUAACUGGGCUGGCUAUUCUCGUCUCUGGCGUCGCAAACUACAAGAGCUUGUCCACUUACGAGUUUUCUGUUAUGUCGAGCCUCGCCUGGUUUUCAUCCACUACACACUUGGCAACACUAGGCGUUUUCAAAUCCCACCUCAAGACACAUGGCAUCGUCCGCCAUAUACGAGUUGCUGGUAUGCUGUGUGUAUUGGUUCUCCUAGCAUUCUCGCAGGCCGUCACUAUUCGAUCAUGGCAGGAAGAAGACAAUACUGUGACAGUAGAGUGUCUGUUCCAUUCUUCGGGUGUCUAUGAACUGUCGCCAAUUGAUGUGACCGGCAAAAUCUUGGCGUUGGCUGUGAUAUUCGGGGAGUAUAUUGUUCUAAUUGCGGAUCUGUACGUGGAAUAUGAUUCUUCACUGAGCCCUGGCGUAGGAUUGAGUCAAAUCCUUAUGGAAGCCAGCGCGGAAUCUCAAGUCAAGAACCUUGGCAACCUUAAGAUACUACUUGAGACACGGCAAGAUGUAUACUUUCGGUUCCUGGCGGGAUUUCAUUUAUACCGUGGAUCCUUCCUUUCUUCACUCACUGGUAUUACGUUUAGCUUCGCCUACGGAAUUUCACAGGUUUCCCUAUACCGUUGGAAUAAUGCCCCACCAUUGGCAUCGGAAACGGAAUAUAUGGGAUUCGGUCAGAUAAUGGCUGUUUUUUUACUUGUGCUGCCAUUCAUUGCAGCGGCGGAACCCUAUUAUGAUAAGACCAAUAAUAGCUGUCGGUGUCUACCUGACCAGCCAUACAGCUUAUAUCAACAAGCAGCUAUCAGUUGGUACGAAGAUAGGAGCGGAAUUUCCUCCCCAAGUAUAGAUAUCAUCGACAUUACUAGGUUCUUUCCACAAGAGGUACGAGCCAUCAUACAACACCAUGAUUCAGAAUCCAAUCUACGGCAACGAAAAGAGGAGUUAGAAAUGAAAUAUGUUGCCCUGAAGAAUGUUGAAACUAGGAUGAAACCUCGUUUUGGAUUUGCGUGCUUUCUUGUUGGCCUUGGUAUGGCUAUCUUUCUAGGAAUAACUACUAAUCUCGGACGAACGGAUUAUUGGUUCAGGAUUUUGACAAACGCAUUCUUCUUAAUGUAUGUACUGUUUUGGAUUUCCACUACAUUCUUUUUCCUUUUAAUAGCCUCGAGGUCCUAUUUUUCGAGAUCCAAGAUGACCUUGACCCAAAUAAGCCAAGGGGAGAGAAGUGGAAAUCAUGGCUUG